AACGUCAUUGGUUUUCAAAGCUGUGCGGGCGGAGAUUCGGAAACCUACAACAUCAUGGCUGCCGCUACUGUGAGGAGCAUCGGCGCUAACCUUGCGAAAAACCUCCGAGAGGUUCGCUUACAUUUAUGUCAGACAUCAGCCGCAAGUCAAGGAGCCAGGGAUUUCGUGGAGCACCACUAUGUAACGUUGAAGAAGGCUAACCCCGACUUCCCAAUUUUGAUCAGGGAAUGUUCCGGGGUGCAACCCAAACUCUGGGGAAGAUACGAUUUUGGAAAGGAGCAAAGUGUGGCUCUGAGCAACCUGAAUGUUGACCAAGUAGCCACGGCUCUGGAGACCCUUAACAACGCCAAACCAUGAAGACACGCGAUCAGCAGGAAUUCAGUACGGCUUCGUUUUAUGAAGACUUUGGGUUGGAAGGGGUUCUACAAAUCCCAAGAUUUAGAGUGUUAUACUGGAAUGCAUUCUGUAAUUAUACACUUUUCUUGCUAUAAUAUACUAUAAUAAAACUGCGAGAGCAGUCGUACAAAA